UAAUGGCUCCAUCAAAAUCACCAAAAGCAGAAGCAAAAAAGACUGUUAAGACAGUUAAGACUAAAAAAUCAACCAAUACUGACAAGAAAAAGUCAAGAAGACGAUAAGAAACUUUUGCCUUAUACAUUUAUAAAGUAUUGAGAUAAGUGCAUCCAGAAAUUGGUGUUUCAAGAAAAGCUAUGAACAUUAUGAAUUCAUUCAUUAAUGAUAUUUUUGAUAGAAUUGCUCUUGAAGCCAGCAAAUUAGUCAGAUUCAACAAAAGAAGAACUCUCAGCUCAAGGGAAAUUUAAACUGCUGUCAAAUUAUUACUUCCAGGAGAAUUGGCCAGACAUGCUAUUUCAGAAGGAACAAAAGCUGUUACCAAAUACACAAGUGGCUGAUU